AUGACAGUCUUCCGAGCCUUUUGCGAAUCAUUCGAGCAGACUGCGAAGCAAUUCACAUCUGGUCUCGAACACAGCUUUGCAGAACACUUCUCCAACCGCUUUCUUGACCUUUGGAGGCAGACACCCUCCGAUCUCCGACUCGCACCGGCGCCGACAUACAGCAGCGUCGCCGCCGGUCGCACCGCAGGCCAACCGCCCGGGGGCCACGCCCCUACGGUUGCUGCAGCCCCGCAACAACAAGAGCCACAACAGCCAAUCUCCCGUCUCCAGGGACGACCAAUCCCCGCCCCACCGAAAGAAGACCUCCGGGUUUUCGUGCGGCUCCCGGCCGAAGCGCCAGCUAGGGACCACAACAGCUACGCAAUCCGGACCCACGUCGCCGCCAAAGUCGGCAUCGGCCUUCACCAAGUCCCAGCCGCUUUCAAGGUGAACUCCGGAUGGGCCAUCCGGACGACGGAUGCAACUAUUCGGGACCUUAUCGUCCAACGACAGUCCGAGUGGUCUGAGGACCUGGGCGUGACAAAUGUGGAGAUCAGCCAGAGAUGGUACACCUAUGCCGUGGCAAACUGCCCCCACACCCUCACCGACCUAUAUGGGAAAGAAUUGGACUACGAGGCAGCCGCCAGAGACGAGAUCGCCUGCCAGACCGGCCUCACACCCAUCAGGGUGCGCUCCGCCAGGCGCAAGCCGAAUGAGCCCCUGACCUGUACAUUGAUUGUAUCAUUCCUCGAACCCACGCACAAGCCCUGGAGGCUGUUUGGAUCCAGCCGGCUCGCCCGAUAUGUCGAGAGAUCCAGCCUGCCCAGCCAGUGCGACAAGUGCUGGGACUUUCACGCCCAACACACCUGCGAUCGACAAGCGUCUUGCAAGCGAUGCGGACGGCGCGGUCAUGACGCCGAGAUCUGCGUAGCCCUCGAGCGGUGCGCGAACUGUCUCGGGCCUCAUGCCGCAGACUUUGCGAAGUGCCCUGCGCGCCCGAAACGAUCACACGGCGUCAUUCGCCGUCUGACGAGAGAAGAGAAAUCUCGCGUCCGAGAGCUGGGCGCUCAACUGUCCGCCCAGCGAAAGGAACAAUACGAGAGCGUAGAACGAUCAGAGCCACCCGCGCGGGAUGACGCCCUCACGCCGGGCGGCAUCACCGAACGGACGGCGACGCCUGGAUCUGACAGGAGGGCCGUCUCGGAACCGACGCAACCCAACCCGCGACCUCAAGCGCUGCUCAAAACGACGGCCAGCCGGCUCAAUCUCAAGAUGUUGCGCCACGGCGUGGCAGCGUCACCUCGACCCUAA